CAGUGUUCAAUGGGGCUGAAAAUGUCGCGUUCAUUCGAUGGAGAUUAUUGACGACACAACAUCCGUUCGUUCAAAUGUGGCAAAAUGUUCUGCUUGCAUAGUUUUGCAUGUGGCUGAUAAAAUUUUAUUCGCUAAAUAAUGAUUAACGUUUUCUUUUUUCUGCAAGUAGUUUAAGUGGAAUAAACCACUAAAGCGCCUUGUGUAGUUCCUGUGCCCCGUCAAUCUAAAGGUUGAUCGGGUGUUGAAUCGAGCAAUUUAUUUAAUCCACAUUCACUAACAUCUUAUACAGUUCCCAUUUGCAAAUGAAGUGGCUCGGUGGAGACAGUGGUAACGGAAUGCUGAACCAUACCAAUGGGCAUGCUUCGUCUCCGCAUGUAAUAAGACAACAGGCUCCAGAGACCGGUAGACCACAGUUGGCAAGAUCCCAGGAUGAUGCAAUGGUCGGUUACAUGUUCCAGCGACCACAUUCAGAUCCAGAUUUUCCCUUACCGCCACCUUUCACAAAACAGCAUCCUCGCUGGGCACUGGGAGAUGAAAGUAUUGACCCGGCUGCAGAACAUAUGGUUUUCGUAAAUAACCACAUGGCAACACAACGGCUUGCAGCAGCUGUUGCAGCCUCUUCACACAUGCAAACUACAGUACAUCAUCUCCAGCAGCAGCAUGCACAAGUUGGCAAUGGGCAGAUAGCGCCUUCGGCUAAAAAACUAUGGGGAGUAGAAGAACAAAAGGACGACAGUAAAGGCAUUCUGACGCUAAACGACCAUCAAAUGUGGCGCGACCCUACAUGGAGUACUUCGGAUCAUGCAGUUUCCCAACCCAUCACUAUGGUACCUAGGAGAUCAGGAAGCUUUCCUGGUAGUGAAGCAGCAAAUAUUCUCUCCCCCCGCUCCUCAGAAACUGGUGGUUUAGGGGUCAAAAUGGUAGAAUACGUCCUCGGUUCUUCACCAACUGGCAAAGACCUUGAACCUCGUAUGAGAGGGCUUGUGCUGAAUCCAAAUGACAGUGAAAAGAAAGAAAAAGAUAAAGCCCCGUCUCCAUUUGAAGCAGGCAAGAAGGACGUUGAAAAUGGGAACAACCCACAGCCUAAUGGAAUCGUACAGAAUGGACUUGGAGACGAUGACAAAGGAUUUAAGUACAACAAGGACCAGUACUCAUUAGCAAGCCGGACACCAGGCAGUAGGCAACCAUCACCAGCAGAAGAGGACAUUAACAAAAAUAGUGGUAGUGGAGCAGGUGGGAAACCUCCCUCAGAAGGUGUUGAAGGACCUCACCAUCAUCACCAUAUGAAUCAUAUGCCACAUCCUCCUCACGCUUUGCAUUUGGACAGUGUAAAUCAACAGUUUGAACAUGUCAUGACAAUGGACCCAAGCACUGCCAGUGCAAUGGCACCUUUUGACCAAGGUGGCUAUGUACCACCACAGCAACAGCAAGCUGAUUCUCCAGGCGUGUUACCUCCAAGCUUCGAUGUCCAGCAACUGUUCCGCAGUCAGCAGCAGCAACAAGCUACGCCUCAACAGUUGCUCUUGCAGCAACAACAGUACCUAGCAACACAACAGCAGCAGCAACUUGGGCUGGCUGCCCCUGCUGCAGCAUUUACGAGUGCACCUUAUGUGAUAAAUGCACCCCAAGAGCCUUAUGUUGGAACACUUAUUGCAGGGCCAACAGUUGUGCCCCAAUAUUACGGGGUUGCUCCUUGGGGCGUCUACCCCGCAAACUUAAUCCAGCAAGGUGCAGCAGCUGCAGCAGCUCAACAGAGGCGUCCACUCACCCCUUCAUCGGCAGGAGAGCUACCCUCCACAACGACAAAUCUCACACAGCAGGUGCAAGGACAGUAUCAAGUAAUACCUGCCUACUACGAUCAAGGAUCAAUAGUUAUGGGCAAUGUACGAGGUAUUGGAAGUGCCACUCCAAUGCGGCUAGUCUCACCUGCACCUGUUAUAGUAAACACAGGCACCCCUGGAAGUAAUAUGAGGUUACUGGGCAGUCAACCUCAGCAGAUUGCAACACCACCCUCAGCCUCAAUCUACAACAGCAAUCAGCAGCCUUCUCUCUACAACUCAUCUGCAUCAAAUGGAACUACUAUUGGAGGGCUGCAGUCAGGGUCAGGUGUAGGUGGUGGGUUUGCAUCACUGGCCAACUCGUUGGGAUACAGCAACAGCAGCUGCAGCCUUGGGACCAUAGGCUCACCAGCUGCCUUAGGAUCAGGUCUUGGUUUGGGAACCAACAGCUCUGGACGCAGAGAUUCCUUCGACAGAAGUACCUCUGCUUUCUCCCCUUCGCUUGAUUAUGGGCGUGGGAAAUGGCCACAAAACUACGGAGCGCUAGGUACAGUGACCGCCUCUCCAAGUCCUCUUGGUCUUACAUCGGGAUCUUUGACACCCCCACCUACUCUUGGAGGAAGUUCUGGAAGCCUCCAGUUGGGAACACUAGGUGUAGGAACUGGCCGUGGUGUGUUGUCUGCGGCACCAGGAGCAGAAGCUGCCAAGUUCCGCAAUGGAGUUGGUGUUGCUGGGUUAGCUGCUAAUGGAGUAUUUGGAUCAACAAAUUCGCUCUUCACAAAAUUGGGUUCAAGUAACAGGGGAGCAGCAGGUGUCACCCCUGGUGUUGACAAACCACCUGGUCGCAGUCGUCUCCUGGAAGAUUUUAGAAAUAACCGGUUUCCAAGCCUUCAGCUGCGUGAUUUGGUGAAUCACAUUGUAGAGUUCUCUCAAGAUCAACAUGGUUCAAGAUUCAUUCAACAGAAACUUGAGAGAGCAACAGUAGCAGAAAAACAAAUGGUAUUUUCAGAAAUUCUUGCUGCUGCCUAUAAUCUCAUGACAGAUGUAUUUGGCAAUUAUGUCAUUCAAAAGUUUUUUGAGUUUGGAACACCAGAACAAAAAACCACCUUAGCACAAAAGGUACGGGGACAUGUUUUGCCCCUUGCACUACAGAUGUAUGGCUGUCGCGUAAUCCAGAAAGCUUUGGAAUCGAUUUCUCCUGAACAACAGGAGGAAAUUGUUCGUGAAUUAGAUGGACAUGUGUUGAAGUGUGUCAAAGACCAAAAUGGCAAUCAUGUUGUACAGAAAUGUAUUGAAUGUGUGGAUCCCCAUGCUCUUCAGUUCAUUAUUAAUGCAUUUUCAGGACAGGUGUUUGCGCUAUCAACACAUCCCUAUGGUUGUCGUGUGAUACAGCGCAUUCUAGAGCAUUGUACUCCAGAGCAGACAGCACCAAUUUUAGAAGAGCUUCAUCGGCACACAGAGCAAUUAAUUCAAGAUCAGUAUGGGAAUUACGUCAUACAACAUGUUCUAGAACAUGGGAAGCCAGAAGACAAGUCUCAGAUUAUCCUGUCUGUAAGGGGAAAGGUGCUGGUGCUUUCACAACACAAGUUUGCUUCCAACGUUGUAGAAAAGUGUGUCACUCAUGCUACAAGAGCUGAGCGUGCAGUUCUGAUAGAGGAAGUCUGCAGCUUCAAUGAAAAUGCUUUGCACGUUAUGAUGAAGGACCAAUAUGCAAACUAUGUUGUACAGAAGAUGAUUGACGUAUCGGAACCUGCACAGCGCAAGGUUCUUAUGCACAAAAUUCGACCACAUCUGAACUCGCUUCGCAAAUACACAUAUGGCAAGCAUAUAAUUGCAAAACUUGAGAAAUUUUUUAUGAAGACAGCAUCAGCAAUGGGAGUUGGCGGCCCCGUCGUUGUGAGUACUGAUCUCGGCCCCAUAGGCCCACCGAGCAAUGGUGGUCUAUAGGGAUACACAUCAGGCAGCAUACUGCCAGAGCAUCUGCCUUGUAUGUACUUUUAGUAUAAGGUUUGACCUUACACUUUUAACGCAAGUUUUGGAAGAAACUGAUCAGCACAUAUGAAUUUUCAGUGAAACGCAUUUAUUUUAAUUUUUUUCUAAGUUGUGACAUUCUCGCAAAAACUGCUCUGGAAGUAAUGCAUUUGGAUUUUGUAUGUAAUGUAUCAUCAUCUUGGUGAUGAUCUGUGUGAAGAUGUGGAUAUUUGCAAGCAUGAGAUAAGUCUCGCCGAAGAAUGUGAAUAAGAUAAGAAUCAAAGAUAGGCACAAUUUUAUUGGUGUAAAUACUGUUUUGCUGACGUUAAAAUUAACAGUCAUUCAGUUAACCUGUGAAAAUAUUACAAAAUGAAAGUUAUGCAGCUUAUAUGGCAUAUCUAAUGAGAUACAAUCUGGUUUAUAGACAACUGAUUGCUGAUAACUGAAGUAAACUAGGUGAGCAGUGUGACAGGAGUAUUCAAAUAUUUUCAUAUGCAGUGAGUAUUGUGUCAGCAAACAAUCAAUUUACAAUAAAUAAAAAUUCCUGUAUACUGUUGCUUGAAACAGCAUGCACUAGUAGGCAUGUUUCAGUCUAGGAAUACAGUUAUUUUGUUUUAGACUUUCUUGUUUUAGGAGCCAUUUAACUAUGUAAUUUCUUUCUGUUACAAUCAAAACUAAAUGACUGUAUGUAAACAUUUAGUGGAUAAACACAAUGAAAUUAGUACUGGAAGGCAUUGGAAAUAAUAACUGGAAUGUGACAUGUCUUUUGCAGGAGAGAAUGGAGUUCACAUUCGCAAACACUGUUUUCACAUGGGGAAAUCAUUAUUUUAACAUAAAUAAUUUUCAUUAAAUGGAACAUCAAAUUGUGAUAAACCCCUCAGGUAAUAGUUGCUAAGGGAUUUUAAAGAAAACUAAGAAAACAUUUGUAGUUAUUGAAAUUUAAGAGAAGAUGGCAACAGUAAACAUUAAAUCUUUUUUAAAGUUUUUGUCAUAUAUUUACUGAUCUUGAGGCAACACACACACACACACACACACACACACACACACACUGCUAACAUGCAGAGGGAAUAAUUGAUGAAAGUGGUUAUGACAUCAGUCUUAAAAUUGAUGUAUUUAACACAAGAUGUGAGGUUGUAGUAUUGAAAACAGUAAACUCCAUGCUACCUUGCUGGUUAUUUCUCUGUCUUAUAUAUUUGCUGUGGAUGCUUAAUAUCAUUGUUAAAUUAAUGAUUUUGAAUUUUACUGUAGUAUUAGAGCCAAGGUAAAAGGGCUACAUGCCUUUACUGAACUGGUGUAACUUUCAAAGCUCACAGUUCUGAAAUUAAUUCCUUUUUGGGUAUUAUUCUUAUUUUGAUGUACAUACAGAUAUGCUACCGCUGUGGAUGUUUGAAAUUGGUGUUUUUAAUGCAUUUGUUUUUAUGAAAUGAAGUAAAUGCAUAGAAUAUAUAUAAAGAGCCAUUAUAUUGAUAUAUUUUGGAUGAGUGUUUACAGUGGCUCAGCUUCCAUUGCAGGAAGUUCUUCAGUCUGUGUCACUCGAUACUUUCCCAGAGUGAUUGUAUGUAGAAACCAAAUCCCAGUUUUUUAACAGUGAAUUGUAAUAAUAUGAUAUGUACAGUUGAUAAAAUAUUUGUACCAAGAUUAUACAUACAUAUAUAUAUAAAUAACUUGUUAUUAGUUUCUUUGUAAGUAAUAUCUGUUUAACAAAAAUCAUGUCAAAUAAUGAACAUAUGCCAUAUUCAGAAUGUAAAGUGUACAGGCAAAAGACAAAAGUACCUAUUUUUCAUAAUCAGAUUAACAAUAAAAAAUAAAAGAGAACAAAAAAUUCUUAUUCAAAGAAAAAUUAUGAAAUGGAAAUGUAGAACUAAACAUGUAGCAUAACAGGAGCUGCGUUCAUACCUAUAUAAAGCUACAUGGUUGAGCACUUGUGACUGCAGACGGUUUUUAUUCGUGACACAAGUCCCUCUGAGGACUUUCUAUCCAUUUCAUAUAUUUGAGUUUUUAAAAAGAUACACGUUAAUAAAAACAACUUCUUUGUGUAAAGGAUUCUUCCUGGAUAUUUUCAACUAUUCUGCUGAGCACAACCUGAAUUAACUGUCAGAUAUAUUUAUUUCUACUGUUCCUUAAAUGUGCAACUAAAGGUAAUUAAUUCUUUUGUCUACAGGUCCCUCUCUAAGAACAUUUUUACUGUAUAUUUCACAGUGGAGUUAUAAACCCUUAGAAGUUAUUUUGUAAUUUGCGCAACAUUAUUUGUAUGUAAUGCAUCCUAUAAUGUUACUUAAAAUCCGUCUUGAUUGCAAAUUUUUUAUUAUUCAUAUGACCGGUUUCGGUCCAUUCAGAACCAUCUUCAUGUGACGUAGCAUGUGAAAGUUGCUGGAUUUGGACGGGUUA